AUGUCGAAGCUGAGCCGGGUCACUCGGACCCUCAAGAAGCCCGAGGCCGGCGUUGUGAUCUGGACUAUCGUGCAAGCGGGCCAGGCUAUGCCUGGGCCCCUACUAGGUCCCAUCUUGGGGCAGCGAGGUGUCUCUAUCAUCCAGUUCUGCAAAGAGUUCAACGAGAAGACAAAGGACAUCAAAGACGGCAUCCCCCUGCCUACAAAGAUUUUUGUGAAGUCCGACCGGACAUUUGAGCUCAAGAUUGGGCAACCUACUAUUUCCUACUUCUUGAAGGCAGCAGCUGGGAUUGAGAAGGGGGCCCGGCAGACAGGGAGAGAGGUGGCAGGCCUGGUGAGUGUGAAGCACAUAUACGAGAUUGCCUGUGUCAAAGCUAAGGAUGACGCUUUCACCAUGCAAGACGUGUCCCUGUCUUCUGUUGUCUCCGCCCGUUCCCUGGGCAUUCGUGUGGUGAAGGACCUCAAUGCAGAACUGGCAGCUUUCCAGAAGGAACGAGCCGUGGUUUUGGCUGCUCAGAAAGAGGCAGAUUUGGCAGCCCAGGCAGAAGCUGCCAAGAAGUGA